GAGUACUUUACAGAGACGUCAUGCAGGAGAACUAUGAGAAUGUGACCUCGCUGGGGUUUCCAGUUUCUAAACCCUAUGUGAUCUCCCAGCUGGAAGGGGGGGAAGAGCUGUGGGUCCUGGAUCUCCCUGGUUUAGAGAAAAGUGAGAUCCUGAGAAGUCCCUGCACAGCAGGUGAUGGGGUGGUGAGGGAGAGCAAGGAGCAGAAUCCUCACCAGGAAGAUGCUGAGCUCGCUGAAGCGCAUGGGGCAUUACUGCAAAGAUCCAAAGGGAGCGUGUCCAGCUCCCUGCCAUGUGGGCAAGAGGAAGUGUGUGGCAGCUGCCAGUACAAGGACCAAAUUGUGGGUAUCAGGCGAAGCAGCAAGAAACACAACCAUCAGAUCAACCUGCAUGAAUCAGUGGCCAGACUGAUAAAUGCUAGGGCUCCAACCUAUUGA